UCGGGGAGUUGGGCGUUGGAAACGGAAUUGCAUUUGUCCCUUUCUCGGCGCCCUCUUGUGCUUAUACGGCGUUCUUAGCCGUCCCCCACGCUCUUUACCUCCUCCUCUCACCAUGGACGACUUUAGGCGCAGGCAGAGGCUGAGGGCCGUGCACGACAGAGCGCCCCCGGGGCUGGUCUCCCGGGAUGACAGCGAUUGCAUCAGCUCCGACCCUGCAGAGACGGUCACCGACCGCCUCAACAAGGCCUUUGAGAGCGGCGGCCAGGGAUACAAGCUCCAGCUCUGCCCUGGCGAGACCUACACGCUCACCGACACUAUCUUCUACACCGCUCCCAGUCAGGAGCUCAGCACCGCGGGCUACCCGACGGGCGACGAUCGCGCUGUGCUCGUCAUCAACGGCGCGAUCAACAACGGCACGGGCCACACCACCGCCGUCGACGCGUCGUGCGACGACUGUGAUAACACCUCACUUCGCAACGUGCAGAUCUUCGGCAAUCGCGGAGACCGGACUAUCACGACAGGGGGCGCUAACAUCGAGUUCGGCGGCAAGAACUCAGGCCAGCUCAUCGAGUACGUGCGCUCGUACGAUCCGCGCAGUUGGUCGUGCCUGCACGUCGCCGAGGGCGGCGAUACCUGUUCCAGCGUCACCGUACAGAACAACGACAUCGGCCCGGCAGGCGUCGACGUCUUCCAGCAGUGGGCAGACGGCAUCAGCAUCGCCUGCCGCGACUCUAUCGUGCGCAACAACAUCGUCAACAACCCCACCGACGGCGGUAUCGUUAUUUUUGGGUCCCCAGGAACGCAGGUGUACAAUAAUACCAUCGAGGUGUACAACCAAACACUCUUGGGUGGAAUCAAUCUGGUGGAUUUUGGCGCCUUCAAAGGUGACUACACGGGCACCGUUGUACACGACAAUACGAUCUACGGAGGCUUUGCCACCGAUGACGACGACGAGGAUGGCCAGACGAAGGGCGAGAAUGACGACGACGCUAUCAUCAAGAUGGGAAUUGCUAUCGGCCCACGAGCCUGGUUUGGUGGCAACGCGUACAACAACAUCAGUUCUUCCGGCACAGUCAUCAACAACAAGUUCUCAGGCGCCUUCACUUAUGGCAUCGCCCUCACUUCCGCCACGAACUUCACCGUCACCGGCAACUCCUUCACCGGCAACUACUCCUUCAUCGGCGCGCGGGGACCCAACUGCUCCGACAACGCUACACCCAGCCCCGGCGCCUUCGUCGUCGACCAGAAGACCGCGGUGCAGUCGACCUACCAGACCGAUUUCGUGGCAAUCUCCGACGGCGACUCGCUCACCUGCGUCCUGCCCCCGGACGGGGGCGACUACUGGCCGUACCGCGCGGACCCGAACCCGAGCGCGCGCAAACACGGGCUCUCCGGCGGCGCGAAGGCAGGCAUCGCGAUUGGGGUCAUCUUCGGCGUCAUCGCGCUCGGUAUUGCCGCGUGGUUCAUCCGGCGGUGGGCUCUGAACCGCGCGAACGAGCAGCGCAUGUACAAGGCGUCGCGGCGGUCGCAGCUCAUGGCCAACAAGAACCCCUAUAAGGCGUACUAAGCCUCCUGAGGCCUGCCGCGCUCAUGUGCUCCGCCAUCCGUUGCCACCGUGUCUUCCAUUCCCAUUGCGCUUCGCCGUAUGUCUAUGCCCCCGCUCAGGCUACUCCUUUGACGUCCUUACGAUCUUGGUCCGCUAUCUGAUGACGCUCCAGCUUGUUUAGAGUCUCGUUCGCAAUUGCUUGUGUACUUACUAGUCAAGGUUUUCGUCUUCUGUGCGUCCGUCUAUUGAGCAACAGACAUUUUUUGCUGCUAGUUGCUCGUCCCACCCUUGCUCGCUCUACCCCCCUGUUGCCUGCCCCAUACACACCACCCAUCCCUCACGCUACCCGUCCCCGGUUCCCUGCUUCUCGUACCCACCCCAUCCCCAUCCCCGUUUACAGUGUCUCUGCCUCCCUAGGGCUUGUUUAUUCCCCGGUGUUCUCUUACGACAACC